GUCCGCAAGUUUUGUUUACGCGAAAAUUCGAAAUCGGAUAAAAAUAUAAAAUACAAACUUAUCUAUCUGUUUAUUGACAGCUGGUGUGCUAGGAAUCUCAUAUUUGUUUUGUUUUCGUAUCAUUAAUAAUUAAGCCGCCAUCGAAAAUGCCAGUCAAGCACCUGCAUGAUGAUGCUCAGUUUGCCCAGGAGCUGUCUUCAGCAGGCAGUCGUCUUGUUGUGGCGGACUUCUUCGCUCAAUGGUGUGGGCCAUGUCGCGUAGUAGCCCCGCAGUUUGAGCAGCUCAGCGAGCGUUAUCCGAAUGUGGUGUUUUUGAAAAUUGACGUGGACGAGAUGCAGGAUACGGCCCGGAUUCAAGGUAUUCGGGCCAUGCCAACGUUCCUGUUCUUUAAAAACAUGCAAAAAGUGGCCACGGUGCAGGGCGCGAAUGUAGGCGCCAUUGAGUCGAACAUUAAGCAGCAUGCGACGGCGGCGGAUGCUCCGGCUGGGCAGGAGAGUAAGGAUGGCAUGUUUGAUUUGGCCAGCGCGAUUGAUAAAUCCAAGUGUGAAUGCUUGAACGAAGCGGAUGAUCAUACGUUUACCAGUUUGUUCCAGGAUAACGGAUAUUUGGAAUCUGACUGUGAUGAACAAUUGAUUAUUGCCGUCGCUUUCAAUCAGCCAGUGAAACUACACUCGCUGAAAUUCAAGACAACUGGUCAAAAUGGUCCGAAGAGCGUCAAGUUGUUUACAAAUCUUCCUCGUACACUGGAUUUUGACCAAGCGACGGGAAUGGACAGUGUACAAGAACUGACGCUUUCGCACGCUGAUUUAUCCGGUGAAGAUCCUGUCCCGUUGAAAUACGUCAAGUUCCAGAACGUCCAAAAUUUGCAGAUUUUUAUAAAAGAUAACCAGAAUGGGGCUGAAACGACACGGUUGGAUUCGCUGAGUCUGUUGGGAAUCCCGAUUUCAGCCACCAAUAUGGGCGAUUUCAAACGGGUUGCCGGAAAGAAGGGCGAAACAGACUAGACUGGGAUAUUGGAGGAUUUGGAUUUAUAAUUUCUCUUUUGUACUGCUGUUUGGUGUUGCAUUGUUUAACUAACCUGGUAAGUAUGGAUGGGAUAAGAUGAUUGUGCGGGAUUGUGAAAAUUUAUUUUCGGAUAAUUGACACUGUCGAGAGUUUUGCUAAGUUUUCAUUAACACAUCCAUGAAGUUUCUAAAAAGUUCGAUGAAGUUUGAAGUUUGAUGAAGUUUUCUAAAAAUGUAAACCCAGAGUUCGGAAGUAAACCACGGUU